AUGGCUCAUACUUCAUAUUAUACGAGCGUCCUGCUUGGGCUAUUUGCAAUCCAGACCGCCGCUGCCCCGGACUGCAAUCCGGCAACCUUCCAAUCCCUUACCCUGAGUAACAUUGAGAUUCUGUCUUAUAAUGUCACACAAUCCAAAGCAACCGUGGACUUCUGCAAGAUUUCUCUGAAGUAUACGCACCCAGGACAAAACGAUGUCGUCAAUACGUGGAUAGGCCUACCUCUGGAUCCCACCAAAUGGAACUCUCGCUUCCAGAUCGCCGGUGGUGGUGGUUGGAGUGCUGGCAGUGAAAGCACCAUCCUUUCGCCAGUAGCCGCUGGAUAUUCUUCGUCGUCAACGGACGGUGGGCAUAGUGCCACACAAAGCACCGCGGAUUGGGGACUUGUAAGCCCAGGCAAUACGAAUUGGCCAGCGCUUGAUGACUUUGCAAGCGUGGCUCUGAAUGAAGCGGCGUCGCUGGGAAAGUUAGCUACUGAGAUAUACUACGGAUCAAAGCCCACGUACUCUUACUGGAAUGGUUGCUCAACUGGUGGCCGUCAGGGCCACAUGAUGGCUCAACGGUAUCCUGAGCAGUUUGAUGGCAUUGUUGCUGGCUCUCCAGCGAUUAACUGGCAACGGUUCCAGUUGCAACAGUAUUGGUCGGACUUCAUGGCGCAAGUACUUGGUAGGCCAUCUCCCCCUGCAACAAACCAGAAGGCUCUAGCUAACACGUUGCAAGACAUCAGUCCUCCCGCAUGCGUCCUUCAAGCCAUCACCAAUGCGGCAACAACAGCGUGCGACAGUCUAGACGGCGUCCAGGACUCAGUAAUAUCAUUCCCAGGCAGGUGCAAGUUCGAUGCAAAGACUUUGAUUGGACAGACGGUCAACUGUACGAGACCUCAAGGAACAGUUAUCAUCACAGAUAAGGUGGCUGAACUUGCAAAUGCUAUCUGGCAGGGACCGACGUCAGUUGAUGGUGACUUCCAAUGGUAUGGGAUACAUCCCGAUGCUUCAUUGACAGGUCUGCUGUCUACCAGCUGUCGGGCCGUGGACAAUUGUACCGUGAUACCGUUCCAAAUUGGCAUCGACUGGCUGCAAGUUUUCCUUGCCAGAAACGCUUCCUACGACACUACGACAAUCAGCAGGGAGCAAUGGGAUCAUUUCUUCCGUCAAUCUGUUGACGAGUAUACCUCAAUCAUUGGCACGGAUAAUCCAGACUUGACCAAUCUGAGGAAAGCCGGCACCAAACUACUUGCCUGGCACGGGACACAAGAUCCACUGAUUCCAUCGAAUGGGACAAUCGACUACUAUGAGCGUGCCAGCUCUUUCAAUGGGGACAUGGCCGAUUACUAUCGAUUCUUUGUGGCGCCUGGUGUUGGCCAUUGCGGUGGCGGUCCCGGUCUUGAUCCUAGCGGCACUGUAUUCGAUGCCCUUCGCGCGUGGGUGGAAAACGGCACUGCUCCAGAUUCUCUCCCUGCCUCUGGGCCGGCAGUCGGAGUUGCGGAUAAGCAAGCAAAGAGGAGCAUUUCGCUUUGUGCUUACCCCAAGGUGCUGACUUAUGUCGGGCCAAACCCUAAUGAGCAGUCAUCAUUUAUUUGCGAGUGA